AUGUCGUUUAGGUUUAAUGCUGAGGCAUUCAAGGAUAAUUCCUUUAAUGAUAAAAUUCGAGAGAAAUUGACUAAAGCUCUGAACUCGUCAUCUGGAAAUGGUUCAAGUGGCCCAUCGCCGACCAUUGUGGAGUCACAGGGCUGCGAGGGAGUUGCAGCUGCUACUGCUAGUGGUACGUCGAGUAGUUUGUCGAAAUCAUCGGCGAAAAUCGAUCCUAUGAUGAAGUCGAAACGGUCAGAUAUUUUAAAGAGCGGGAUCACUGUGAGUAAGGUGAACUUUCCGACUAUGCCAAAGGUGGAGAUCCUAGAUUUGGAUAUCAGUGCGCAGCCCAGAUCUUUAGUGAAGGGGAUUUGCAAGAUAUCGUGUAUGAAUGCCAUGUUACAGGUACAAACGGAGAUCGAGGGGAAUUUGUUGUUGGUGUAUUCCGAUUACUCACCCCAGUUUACUACACCAACGUUGAAUUGCAAGGAUUCAUUUACCAUUCCAAUCACUAUGGUUUUUAGCGAAGUGCAUUUGGAGGCUAUAACAAACAUAUUUGUUAAAAACUCCGGGAUUGGGAUCUCGUUCAAUGAUGUCAAUUUGGAUUUCAAGUUUGAUUGUUCCAUCAAGAUUUUGCAAUCCACGAUUGAAAAGCGGCUCAAAAAAUCGAUGCAGUCGUUGUUUAAGGACGUUUUGCCCCGAGUGAUCUUUAACAUGUCGCAGUCUUUGUUCACUGCUGAGACUGCAACAAAGACCUCCGAGGCACCAAGUACCGAGGAUAAUGAGGAUACAUCUUCCUCGACCAUGAAGGUCAUGUUGGAAGAAUCAGAUUUGCAAGAACUAUCGGCUGCUAAUAUGCUUCGUUUAUCGACACUUAUAUCAUCUCGGCAGACUUUGUCUCUACAGGAUACCGUCCUAAAUGUACCUUCAACCAUACCGGGAUGUUUGGAGAGACAAAACUUGCAUCGUUUCAACUCCAGAAUCCCAUCACUUUCAAACUUUUAUGCCUCUUAUAAAGAGCCGGAAGGCCGUGCUACGUUGAUGAAGAGGAAUACCUCUACGUUUAUGGUGAAUUCUCACCCUUCUUCAAGAGACCAAAAUGUUUUACCUCAAAGAGUAUUAGAAGAAGACGCUUACGAUCUAAAGGAGAUUACAACUAUUCAAAGUCGAAUAUUUGAAAGAAGCACAGAUGAGAACGUGCGUCCCAGAAGACGUAAGAUAUCAAUCAAGAGAAAACCAAAGAAAACCGUGGAAGCUCCUCCUCCAGUUGAGACACAUAGUGAUUCAGAAACUGCUGUUGCGUCACCCAAGCCGAUUAAAGCUACUCACAAUGCUCUCCCCAUUGAAGAGCACCAACCCUCUGCUUUCGUACCUAUGAAGUUAUCUGUGAACAUAACUCCGAGGUACUUCACGCAACCAGAAAGAACACUCCUACCACUUGAAAAUCGUCAUGAAGAAACGAAACCAACAACAUUGGAAGAAAUAAAUUAUUUCAACUACAGACCUGAAGUACAUCGGUUACGUUCAUCGCUCUAUUCUCCACUUGCCAAGGGUGGAUCCAUUCUUAUGCCAGGCAGAGACCUGGCUGAACCAAGACCAUUGCUAGAGAACAAAGGCCUAAGUUUCCUCGGUCUCAAUCAUCGUAUGCGUAAAUGGGGAAACCAUGACGACCCACCGCCUUACCAGGUGUAA